CCGGAAGCUGUAAUCCUGACUGCGGCUAACUUCCCCCUCUGACCAAGAUGGCGUCUCUUAGAAAGGAGUGUUAGCAGAGGGUCUUUGUUGUGUUGAGAAAGAGGUAAAAUGUGUAAAGUCCAGAUGCUGAGAGCGUUGGUGGAGCAGCGACUAACUGCGGCUGCUGAAGAGAUAUUUGGGCUGUUUGAAAGAACGAUAGCAGAGUACGAGGAGGAACUUUGUCGUUCAAAAGAGGAGAACGAGCGACAACGGGAACUACUGGACGCUGAGUUUCGGCUCCACAGAGCAGAUGUUGAGCAGCUGUUGGUGGUUAAAGAAGAGAUUCCCCCUGAGCAGCAGGAGUGUAGCUCCAAUGUGGACCAGGAGGAGCCAGAGCCCCCCCCACACAUUAAAGAGGAGCAGGAAGAACCAUGGGGCAGUCAGGAGGGAGAGCAGCUUCAAGGGCUGGAGGAGGCUGAUAUCACCAAGUUCCCAUUCACUCCUGUCCCUGUGAAGAGUGAAGAUGAUGAAGAGGAAGCUCAGUCCUCACAGCUUCAUCAGAGACAAACUCAAUACAUGGAAACAGAAGCAGAUGGAGAGGACUGUGGAGGACCAGGACCAGCAAGGAACUCACAUCCACAUUUACAAUCAGAGACUGAAGACCAGAUUGGAGACUCUUCUGAUCCUGAGACUGAUGACAGUGCUGAUUGGAAGGAGACCAGAGAACCUCAGUCAGCUUUAAACUCUCUGAAGAAUAAUGAAGUCCCUCCGGGGGAGAGCUUCAGUCUGAACCGGGAAGAGCCAGAAUUUAGGAACCCUGAUCCACAUUUACAACCCAAAGACAAGACUGGAGACUCUUCUGAAGUCAGCAAUGGUUUGAAAGAGAGCCCAGGACGGCAGUUUGGUUUGAUGUUUUGGAAAAAUACUGAAGUCCCAGCGGAGAAAGCACAUAGCUGCUCUUUAUGUGGCAAACGUUUUAUCAAUGAGUGUACCCUGAGAGACCACAUGAUACAGCACACGGACACGCCGUUCAGCUGCUCCGUUUGUGGCAAAGGUUUUUCUCAGAAGGAGACGCUAGAGCGUCACAUGCCACAUCACACCGGAGAGAACAACUACAGCUGUACAGUUUGUGGGAGACGUUUCAGGUUCCAAGGAGACGUCGGGAGACACAUGGCAGUCCACGCAAAAUACAAACCGACAGAGCGAGUUGGCAAUGUAUCGAUAGAGAGCAGAGAACCGCAGUCAACUUUAAAGUCUCAGAAACAUACAGACGUCCAGGCUGAGGAUUCACUCAGCUGCUCUUUUUGUGGCAAAACCUUUACCCGUAAGUUCUGCCUGAAGGUCCACAUAAGACUGCACACGGGAGAGAAACCGUUCAGCUGCUCCGUCUGCGGUAAGCGCUUCGUUCAGCGCUACCACUACCUGGAACACACGAGGCUUCACACAGGAGAGGGCACAUUCGACUGCUCUCUGUGCGGGAGAAAGUUCGGACACAUGUUCCGACUCAGAAAUCACAUGACCUCUCACACGGGAGAGAAGCCGUUCAGCUGCUCCGUCUGCGGCAAAGGCUUCAGAUUCAAUGGAGAACUAAAGAGUCACGCGCUGGUUCACUCGGGGGAAAAACCCUUCAGCUGCUCCAACCACCGACCGGCAGAGUCCAGCUCAGUAAGCCGAGCAGAGGCGGCCCGACCCCGGACACUGCUGCUGCUCUGUGGGGGGGUUGAACCGGAGAUGAAGCCGAGAACAACGACAGCUGUGCAGCAGCUGUUGGUGGUCAAGGAAGAGGGUCCCCCUGAGCAGCAGGAGUGUAGCGCCAUUGUGGAUCAGGAGAAGCUAGAGCACCCUCCACACAUUAAAGAGGAGCAGGGGGAACUGUGGAGCAGUCAGGAGGGAGAGCAGCUUCAAGGGCUGGAGGAGGCUGAUAUCACCAAGUUCCCAUUCACUCCUGUCCCUGUGAAGAGGGAAGAGGAUGAUGCUUCAGAUGUUAAUCAGCUGUUGGUGGUGAAAGUAGAGUUUCCCUGUGAGCAGCAGGGGUGUAGCGCCAUUGUGGACCAGCAGGAGCCAGAGGCCCCCCCACACAUUAAAGAGGAGCAGGAGGAACUGUGGUGUCAGGAGGGAGAGCAGCUUCAAGGGCUGGAGGAGGCUGAUAUCACCAAGUUCCCAUUCACUCCUGUCCCUGUAAAGAGUGAAGAUGAUGAAGAGGAAGCUCAGUCCUCACAGCUUCAUCAGAGACAAACUCAACACAUGGAAACAGAAGCUAAUAGAAAGGAAUGUGGAGGACCAGAACCAGCCAGGAACUCACAUCCCCUUUUGCAACCAGAGACUGAAGACCAGACUGCAGGCUCUUCUGAACCUGAGACUGAUGACAGUGCUGAUUGGAAGCAGACCAGAGAACCUCAGUCAGCUUUAAACUCUCUGAAACAUUGUAGGAAAAGAUUUAGCUGCUCUGAGUGUGGGAAAAGAUUUAACCGUGAGUCACAUCUGAAGAGACACAUGAUGACUCACACAGGAGAGAAACCUUUUAGCUGCUCAGUCUGUAAUAGAUCUUUUGCACAGAGUGGAGAUUUACAGAGACACAUGAGAACUCAUACAGGAGAGACGCCUUUUAGCUGCGCUGAGUGCGGUCAUCGAUUUAAACAGAAGUCAUCCUUGAUAAGUCACAUGACACUGCACACAGGAGAGAGAAGACACGGGUGCAGUGUUUGUGACAAAAGAUUCAUCUGGCAUUAUCAGCUCAGGAUUCAUAAAUGUGUUGGUCGUAAGUCCUCACAGCUUCAUAAAAGAAAAACUCAACAUAUGGAAACAGAAGCUGAGGGAGGGGACUGUGGAGGACCAGCACCAGGAAGGAACUCACAACCACCUUUACAACCAGAGACUGAAGGACAGACGUUAGACUCUUCUGAACCAGAGGCGGAUGACAAUGCUGAUUGGAAGGAUACCAGAGAACCUCAGUCAGCUUUAAACUCUCUGAAACAUGAUUCAAGAUGUAAGAAAACAUUCAGCUGCUCUGAGUGUGGGAGGAGAUUUGGCCGCAGUACACAUCUAAGGAGACACAUUAAAACUCAUACGGGUGAAAAACCUUUCAGCUGCUUAGUUUGCAAGAAAUAUUUUACACAGAGUGGAAGUUUACAGAGACACAUUAGAAUCCACACAGGAGAAAAACCUUUUAGCUGCUCAGUGUGCGGAAAAAGAUUUAUACAGAAGUCCCAGCUAACAAACCACGUGGCAGUUCACACAGGAGAGAAAAGGUACAGCUGCAGUUUUUGUGAUAAAAGAUUUGCCUGGCCGGAAAAGGUCAAAAGACAUAAAUGUGUCGGCCGUCAGUUGGCACAGUUACAGCAAAGUCAAACUGAGGAGAAGAGAGAGGCAGAGAAAACCAGGACCUCACAUUCACCUCCAGGUAUACAACCAGACACUGAAUACCAGACCAGAGACCUUUCUGAACCUGAGAUGGAUGACACUGCUGACAGGUUCCAGUCAGCAGCUGAACUGAACAGGUGA